AUGAUAACACGCCAUGGAUAUGUUCUCGGGAAUCCGGUGACUACUAAGUACCUUGAAGACCAAACGAAAGUUGAAUAUGCUCACCGUGUAUCCGUACUAUCCGAUAAGAUAUAUGAGUCGGCCAAAGGAAGAUGCCAUGGUGAUUAUCGACCAAUUGCUGCAAAAGGUAAUGCACAAUGCAAGAAGAAUCUUGAAACUGCAUCAAAGUGCAUUGAUCCAAUAGAAAAUGAAUUUGUCCUUGAAUCGAAAUGCUUCCAUCCAUCACCAGAUAAGUGGUGUCGGGAUAUAUGCAUGCCAUAUAUGUUCACGUUGAAAUGGAUGAAGAAGCUAAAUGUCGUUCCAAAUGAUGUUUAUUGGAGUCAUUGGUUUCUUUACGGUCAAGUUGCAGGAUAUGUCACAGAGUAUUCAAAUGACAUCUAUAAUUUGACAUUUACUAAAAUCAAGGGAGCAGGACAUGUUGCCCCUGAAUAUAAGCCACGAGAAUGUUUAGCAAUGUUUCAAAGAUGGAUCACAUUUAAUCCUCUAUAA